AUGGCUGACUACCAAGCGGAACGCACCGAAUCCACGAGACGAGGUCAACACGAAUCAAUCGAGGGUCUAGAUACAAAUCCAGCAGAGACUCAUUGUAGCUCUCGCCAAAGCUUACUCGACUCAGACCUCCCUCCCAAACCCUCAGCCGAACGAGGAUGCCCUUCGCGGCGGCGCUUCACUCUAUGGCAGAGCAUCGGUCUCUUCAGCUUCCUCUCCCUCGCCCUUGGAACCGCUUUCACCCUUGCCUCAAGCGGCAUCCUCAUUUAUCUCUGGCGUGGUGCUGAUCUAUCGCAUGAUCGCAAAGAACCUGAGUUCUGGACGACCAUUGUCACAAACGGCUGGGCAGCCAGAGUCGCCACCAUCUGCUCUGCGGUCAUACGCACCUCGAUCGCAGUCCAAGUCGGUAUCGUUGCAGCCUCACUUUCUGCAAUUGUCCUCGAGACUACAGGCGCUCGCUUCAAUGACGUUCCAAUCCUAUCCUCAGAGAGAGCCUCAAAAUCGGGCUUCAUCAAUAUCUGUCCAGCAGUCCUUAGGCAAACGACAGGGAGUCCAUUGAGCAUCUUGAACUCGUUCAUUAUCAUCUUGGGCCUGACUAUCAUGGCUGUCUCCACAUUCAUCUCUACUAUCCUUCUCUCUGACUUUACUACAUCAAAGGUCGCUUCCCCAAGCGUGACGCACGACCGGGCCGUCGCCUCCAAACACCCUGCCGAUUGGCGCUUCAACUACAAAGGCCCUACGUACUGGGGAUCUAAGCCAUCUUCCCAAUGGCGAUUUGCAGAGGAUCGAAUUGGGAAACCUCGAUUUGGCGACACCGGCGACGUUUAUCGUGCCAUGCUGCCGUUUUCGGAAGCGGCCUCGAGAACAUCGCUCGAAGCGUACGACGGACCUGCUUUGGUUGCCAACGUUCGUACCAUUUGUCGUCCCCCUCCGUUGCAGAAUUCGAGUAUUUCUGCUCACGGAAUGAUUAGUCCGCACUUCGGAGACGCGAAAGAUAGUGUGUCAGCGGUCCUAAAUACGACAGGGCCGUCUGAGUGUAUGCUGUAUUGUCGAGAUAAGGGUAGAUUGACAGGCUGGCCUGUGUCUCUGUGCGACUACUCCGGCUCUUUCAUGCCACAGCCCGAACUUUCCAUAGAUUCCAAGACAGGAAGAAAACACAGCUUCCAGCAAAUGCUCGUCGUCAAUGCGACGACCAAUAUUGCUGCCGAUGGGUUUAGGGAUACCAAUGGAGGACCCCCACCCGAGCGUCUACGGAACUUGGCUUAUGAGAUGAGCGAUGUAUGGACCAAAGCAUACGAUGCUAAUGGGGAUCAUGUCAUGAGUGCUACGUUCUGUUUCGUCAAUACAUAUCCUGCGCAGAUAUAUAACGUCAGCAUGACCGGGCGCCAUACCACCAUAGAGCCGAGUCUCAAUACCAGCAAGGUUGACGGUGCUCAUCUUCAACUUGGGAACGGGGAAGACUUUGCAAAGCGCGGGAUUCUCGACAUCGAUAUCGGGCCGCGCCUGAACGUCAGUUCUCGUCUUGUAGACUUUGUCGAGGGCGUUCCAAUGGAAGACGGACCAAGCCACGAUCCAUACUACAGAACUCUAGGGCUCGAACAUCCAUCAAUGUCCAAAACGACUUGGGGUAUGAUGUCACCAGCACAGGAAGUUGAACAAGGAUGGUCGGCGAAUCAAGCACAUAUCUCGCUCUUUCAGAGUAUUAUACAGAAGACAGAAGAUCCUGCCGUGGCGGUUCAAGGUCUGAUUACUCGACUAUAUCAGAUGGUCUAUUACAACUGGCUCGAAGAAUAUGACCUCAAAUACCCUGUGAGCGCUACACGUGCGGAGGAUCGGCUUAUACCGACCAGAUGGACUGGACUUAUCAUUGUUCUCGUUCUUGUCGCAGUACAUCUUGGGCUUGUCUUUACAACGAUUAUUCUCUUUGUGCUCAAGACAAAGGCUUCGGCGCUUGGGAACACUUGGCAUACUCUUGCGCAGACAACGCAAAUGACUGAUAGCGCCAACGGGGCUGAUAUGAUGUUGGAUGACGAGGUAAAGAAGUGGGCGAAGGUAACUGGUAGGGACAGCGACGUCUGUGGUAUCAAGAAGUCGGGUGAGGAUGGCAAAGUUGAAGUUCAAAUGUUGAGGACGAGGAGCUGA